UUUCUAGAUCAAGACCGGCUCGUUUCUGCAUCUUCAAGCGGGGCUGUGACGGUCUUUAAGCUUCAGCCUGACUGUCAGGCUCUGUCGCUGGCUCAUGUGUGGGAGAGGGCUCAUGGAUAUUCCUGUGAUAAUGCACCCUGCACUGCAGUAGUGUGCAGGAGCCCUGAACUAGUGUCAUUUCUAGAUCAAGACCGGCUCGUUUCUGCAUCUUCAAGCGGGGCUGUGACGGUCUUUAAGCUUCAGCCUGACUGUCAGGCUCUGUCGCUGGCUCAUGUGUGGGAGAGGGCUCAUGGAUAUUCCUGUGAUAAUGCACCCUGCACUGCAGUAGUGUGCAGGAGCCCUGAACUAGUGUCAGUGGGUGAGGAUGGCCGAGUUAUUCUUUACAAGGCAGAUCAGACUGAAGUUGUCCGUGUUAUUGAAAACGCAGAUAGCAGUACGAUUCAUGCCGUGACGUUUCUGAGGACGACUGAGGUCCUCACUGUUAACUCCAUCGGCCAGCUGAAGAUGUGGGACUUCAGACAGCAGAGGGACAGUCCUGCGCAAAUUCUCUCUCUCACUGGGGACAGAGUGCCCUUGCACUGUGUGGAUAAACACCCAAACCAGCAGCACAUAGUGGCCACUGGAGGACAGGAUGGGAUGCUGUGUAUCUGGGAUGUGAGACAGGGCAAUACACCCUUCUCUCUCAUAGAGGCCCAUUCAGCGGAAAUGUGGGAAGUACAUUUUCAUCCAUCAAACUCCAAUCACUUAUUUACAUGCUCGGAGGAUGGAUCUCUGCUCCACUGGGAGACGACGUCAGGAUCAGACAUGAGCACACUCCUACAGAGGGGCUGGAACAGCAGGGUCGUCUCGCAUAGUGGCGUACCGCUGGCAGGGGAGAAUGACUCUGUGGUCAGCGCCUGGCUUGCUGGGGACUCCAGCAAAAAUAGACUGGAGGCAACUCAUGUGCUGCCCAGCCAGACACUGUCUGUGAACAGCCUCGAUGUGCUUGAGCAGUGUUUAGUGUGCGGGACUGAUGGAGAGGCCCUGUACGUCCACAGACAACUUCCUGUUUGAUUGCUGACGCAAAACAUGUAUGAAAGAGAUUGCUUGGAAUAUUUUUAUAUACUAAAGUUCUUUGUUCAGUUGUUAGAAACUGCACAAGAUUGAGUUAAGUCACAUGUACAGCCUUUCUGUGUCAUAUAAGUUCUGUUGAAGUACUCUGGAUACAGUGAUUGGGACCGUAAUAAAAGUUUAUCAUGCGUCUUUCUGAAUUAAUUGACCUGUAAUUGGUGUUUUGUAAAGCCAAUUUUUAUUGGUUAAACCUGUUGCAUGGGCUUCAUGUAGCUACGAUGCUUGAACAAAUGAAGCAGGUGAGGCAAUCAU